AUGGGAUCAGAUUCUGGGAAUAUGGCAUCAGAUUCUGGGAAUAUAGCAUCAGCUUCUGGGAAUAUGGCAUCAGAUUCUGGGAAUAUAGCAUCAAAUUCUAGGAUUAUGGCAUCAUAUUCUGGGAAUAUGGCAUCAGAUUCGGGGAAUAUGGCAUCAGAUUAUAGGAAUAUAGCAUUAGAUUCCGGAAAUAUGGCAUCAGAUUAUAGGAAUAUAGCAUCAAAUUCUGGUAUUAUGGCACAUUCUGGGAAUAUAGCAUCGGAUUCUGGGAAUAUGGCAUCAGAAUCUGGGAAUAUAGCAUCAAAUUCUGGGAACACACAGGUACAGAUUCCGGGAAUUAUGGCAUCAGAUUCUGGGAAUAUAGCAUCGGAUUCUCGGAAUAUGGCAUCAGAUUCUGGGAAUAUAGCAUCGAAUUCUAGGAUUAUGGCAUAUUCUGGGAAUAUGGCUUCAUAUUCUGGGAAUAUGGCAUCAGAUUCUGGGAAUAUGGCAUCAGAUUCUGGGAAUAUGGUAUCAUAUUCAGGGAAUAUGGCAUCACAUUCUGGGGAUAUGGUAUCAGAUUCUGGGAACACAGGUACAGAAUCUGGGAUAUAUGGCAUCAGAUUCUGGGAACACAGGUACAGAUUCUGUGAAUUAUGGCAUCAGAUUCUGAAUCUCGUUCUGAGAAUAUUUAUUUAUAGAAACAACUUUAUAGUUCAAAAGUUACCAAUGAUAGAACACUAA